UUACAAAAAAGGGCGGUUCAGGUGCCCCAUCUCCAUACUGUCAGCCCAGCGGAUAUAAAUAGUAACGGUUAAUUAGUUAGGUAAGGAAUUCAAGAAGGACCUGGCUUUGAGAAUUUGAUACAGGGACAGGUAACUCAAGCAUCGCUCGUUGUUGGAUCCUUGUCAAUAUAAGUGCUCAUCGGCUGUCACGGGUCACUACAAAGUCUUACUUCCUCCGCCUUGGACCUCGACGAAUUGAAAACUUCAGAGCGGAUUAAUAUGUCACUCAGUUCUAUCCUCUCAAUGGAGGCUGUUGAGAAUGCAGUUAAGGACUGCCAAGCUCCAGACUCAUUCUGCUAUAAGAAGUUCUUCCAGUUGUGUGGUCUGAGCUCCAAGUCCCCAAAGGAAGUCAAAGAUGUCUUCCUCAUCCUGGAUGACGACAAUAGUGGCUUUAUUGAAGAGGCGGAGCUAAAGUUCUUCCUUCAGCGGUUCGUGCCAGGGGCAAGGACCCUGACUGAGAAGGAGACCAAGUCUCUCCUGUCGGUGGCUGAUGAUGACAAUGAUGGCAUGAUCGGAGCAGAGGAAUUCCAGACCAUGGUCCUGUCCUGAGAGACCUAACAAUCUCCACAGAAGGAACCAGACCCUCCCCUCUCCCCAGAUUCCACCAUUAUGUCUGGUGUCAGGACUGCAAUGUGGUCCCUCUCUCUGCCCUGGCAGUUUUGUGUCCUUGGAACCAAGUUAUUCACUAUUA